AUGAAUGUACAAGAAGAGUUCUCAACUUCAAUUGGAAUUGAUUUAGGACUUACAUAUUCUUCAGUUGCUUAUUAUGACAUUAUUAAAAAUGAACCUAUCAUACUUCAAGAUGAAAUAGGAAAAGAACAAAUAGUAUCAUAUCCUUUUGAAGUAAAAACAAGAGAUAAUGAAAGUACUUGUAUUGAAUGUUAUAAUCCAUUGAAUCAAGAAAGUGAAGAAUUUGAACCAGAAGAAAUUAGUGGAAUGAUAUUAAAAUAUUUGUAUGAAAUUGCACAAGCAAAACUUGGUAAUCAUCCAAUAUCAAAUGUUAUUGUUACUGUCCCAGCUGAAUUCAAUGAUAGACAAAGAGAGGCAACAUUAUUAGCGUGUAAAUUAGCAGGAAUUAAGAAUGUUGAACAAUGA